CCUCUCUCUCUCUCUCCGCUUCAAGUGCUCGCGCUCUGCUAACGUCUAACGUCGGAAGUAAUCGGCGGGCAAUAUUCCGUAAUCGAAUGGUUUUUUGAAGUGAAGAGUUGGCAGUUUCUAGAUAAAAAAUGUCUCAAGAUAUAAGAAAGUGGUUUGUGAAGCCACAUGGUAUACCCGCAGGAAAUGGCAACACAUCGAAGCAAGAAAAGCCAUUGACACCUGAGAAGCCUCCUAUUGUACAAGAAGCGAAAGAAUCUUCCAGUAGGAGGAAAACAAGCAAAUAUUUUGCUAAGGAUGCACAGAGUGUAAAAGAUGAGAUGGAGGUUGGGGAAGUUUCUGAAAAGAAGGCACAGAAGGGCAGUACGGGGUCAGCUAGCGAGAAGCCUCCAUCAGGGAAAAAACCGCGCAAAUUUCAAAUCAGUGAUGAUGAUGAUGACGGUGAUGAUUUUGCCACACCUACCUUAAGGAAGGGUUUAGUAGACGCCAGUCCAAACAAGAAGUUGAAAAGUGAAUCUGGUAAAGGUGUUGCUCGAAAAAUCGCUGAUGAUAUUGAUGAAGAUGAUGAUCAAACAGUAAAGUCCAAUUCAAAAUCUGCUGGAAGGGGUAGGGGUCGGGGUCGGGGUGCAAAAGGUUCUGCAGUAAGCAUGGAUGUUGAUAAGAGUGAGGCAGAAGAGGACAUGGAUGAUAAAGAUGCUAAACCUACAAAACCUGGUGGGCGAGGCCGUGGUGGAAGAGGUGCACCAGCAGGCGGAAGAGGUAGAGGUGGUGGAGGAAGGGGUGGAUUUAUGAACUUUGGUGAGAGGAAAGAUCCUCCUCAUAAAGGAGAGAAGGAAGUUCCCGAAGGUGCUCCAGACUGUUUAAAUGGUUUGACUUUUGUGAUUAGUGGAACACUUGACAGUUUAGAAAGAGAAGAAGCUGAGGAUCUGAUCAAACGCCAUGGCGGUCGUUGCACUGGAUCUGUCAGCAAAAAAACGAAUUAUCUUCUAUGUGAUGAAGAUAUUGGUGGACGGAAGUCUGAGAAGGCCAAAGAGCUUGGUACUGCUUUUCUCACGGAGGAUGGUUUGUUUGAUAUGAUUCGAGCAUCAAAUAAAUCAAAGAAGCCAGUAGCUAAAGUUGCUCCAUCUCCUCCCAAGAAGAGCCCUCAAAAGCCUGAAAAAAGUAAACAAACAGGCCAAACUGUGACAAACUCAGACACAAAAGGAUUGGCCUCUAUUUCAGCAUCAUCUAAGCGUGAAAUCCAAUCUACUUCCCUACCAUGGACAGAAAAAUAUAGGCCGAAGGUUCCUAAUGAUAUUGUUGGGAAUCAGUCUCUUGUAAAACAGCUCCAUGAUUGGUUGACAAACUGGAAUGAACAAUUCCUUGAUGCCAAGAACAAGGGAAAAGGAAAGAAACAGAACGAUUCUGGUGCUAAGAAAGCUGUGCUUUUGAGUGGGACGCCUGGUAUUGGGAAAACUAGCUCAGCAAAGUUGGUUAGUCAGAUGCUUGGAUUUCAAACAAUUGAGGUUAAUGCUAGUGACAGUCGUGGGAAAGCUGAUGGUAAAAUUGAGAGAGGAAUUCAUGGAAGCACUUCUAACUCUAUCAAAGAACUUGUUAACAAUCAAUCCCUGAGUCUUAAACCGGGAAGCUCUCAAAAUGUGAAGACUGUUCUCAUCAUGGAUGAGGUUGAUGGUAUGUCUGCUGGAGAUAGAGGGGGAGUUGCUGAUCUUAUUGCCAGCAUCAAAAACUCAAAAAUUCCCAUAAUAUGCAUCUGUAAUGAUCGCUACAGCCAGAAACUUAAGAGCCUUGUGAACUACUGCUUGCUGCUUAACUUUCGGAAGCCAACAAAGCAGCAGGUUGCUAAAAGAUUAUCACUUAUAGCAAGUUCAGAAGGUCUUCAAGUUAAUGAGAUUGCACUCGAGGAACUUGCUGAAAGAACUAAUGGAGAUAUACGCAUGGCCCUCAACCAUCUGCAGUAUAUGGGUCUCUCUAUGUCUGUCAUUAAAUUCGAUGACAUCAAACAACGCCUUCAAAGCAAUUCAAAGGAUGAAGAUAUAUCCCCAUUCACGGCGGUUGAUAAACUGUUUGGAUAUAAUGGUGGGAAGCUGCGAAUGGAUGAGAGAAUCGACCUUAGCAUGAGUGAUCCUGAUCUGGUUCCUCUUCUUAUCCAGGAGAACUAUAUCAAUUAUAGGCCAAAUUCUGUCGGUAAAGAUGACAAUGGUAUGAAAAGGCUGAACUUCAUUGCUCGGGCUGCAGAGUCCAUUGGGAAUGGUGAUAUUAUUAAUGUCCAGAUACGGAGGUACCGGCAGUGGCAACUCUCUCAGGCUGGUUGUAUUGCAUCUUGCAUCACUCCUGCAGCCCUAUUGCAUGGACAAAGAGAGACACUUGAGCAGGGGGAACGCAAUUUCAAUAGAUUUGGUGGAUGGUUAGGGAAGAAUUCUACUAUGGGGAAGAAUAACAGACUUUUGGAGGACCUUCAUGUUCAUCUUCUUGCUUCUCGCGAAUCAAACUUAGGAAGGUCAACAUUGCGACUUGACUACCUAACACUUCUUUCGAAACGGCUGACUGAACCUUUAAAGAAGCUACCCAAGGAUGAAGCUGUUGAGAAGGUUGUCGAGUUCAUGGAAUUGUACUCAGUUGGCAUGGAAGAUUUUGAUACAAUCGUGGAGCUUUCUAAAUUUAAAGGGCAUCCGAGUCCAUUGGAUGGUGUACUGCCUGCUGUAAAAGCUGCCCUGACAAAGGCUUACAAUAAAGGCAGCUCAUCACGUAUUAUUAAGACUGCUGAUUUAAUCACACUCCCCGGGAUGAAAAAGGCACCAAAGAAACGGGUUGCAGCAAUGCUAGAACCCGUUGAUGAAUCUUUACCAGAAAACGCUGAAAAUGAAGAAGAAAACCUCUCAGAUGCUGAAGACCAAGAGGAUGACUUGGCUGAUCCAGAGAAGCAGCAGAAGCUACAAUCAGAACUGCAGUCUCUAAAUUCAAAAGCCAUUAAAGUGCAAAUGGAGUUAAAGGGUUCUGCAAGUUCAAGCAGCAAAAAGGCGCCUGCAGGUAGAGGGGGCGGUCGGGGCUCUGGAUCUGCCUCGAAGAGAAAGAGAUGAGAGCCGUGAAACAGGCCGUUCUCCCAGGGCUUCCGUUUUGGUUCGUUUCACGAGUGAUGGCCGCCGGAGUAGGUAGAUGAUGGUCUUUCAUCUUUGCUUUGCUUGGGAGAGGUUUAGUGUUUAUGAAGCAGUGUUCUAUUUGACAGUUUAAUUGUAGUGUUUAUUUUUGGUAAAUACCAAGUUGUACGAAAUUGAGGUUAUGUUUCCUUAUGUGGAAAAUGUCUUUUUUCUUGGAA